AUGAACAACCGCCGUCGUGUGUCUUCGCCACGCCUCAGGCCCGACAACAGUAGCCCGGCCAUGCAGGCCUCUCGCCACAAGUCAGUCGAUGGAUCGACGGGAGCGAAUUCCGCCUGUGGACAGCACACCCAGGGCGGGCGAGCAGGUGGUGGCAGGGUGGGAAGGAAGGAGCAUCAAUGGGGUGGCGGCAGACUUGUUUCUCAGAGGAAACGGCUUGCAGCAUCUCAGAAACAAAGGCUAAAUCAAUGCCCUCUUAAGAUCGACCUUGUGGAUGGGCCGGAAAAACGACACUCUAGCAUGCUUAACACAACUAAGGAGCGGUCCGUGACAUGGUUCCGGGGGUCGUGGUUGGCCAGCGGGCGGGCGGGCAGAGGUGCCCCCUAG